AUGUUCCACAAUCUGGAACAAUCUAUAAUUGUUAAAUAUGAAGCAACUCCCCCAGAAGAGAAUCCAUAUUCCUGUCAUGAAUGUGGAAAAUGUUUCAACCAUAAACAAAAUCUUGAUCUGCAUCUUCAUCUACAUCUAAAACGGCACACUGAGAAGACCACAUAUUCUUGCCCUACAUGCGGAAAGUGGUUUAGUUGCCAAUCUGUUCUUGCAAACCAUCAACGAAGUCAUGCAUUACGGAAACCUCUUGCAUGUAAAGAAUGUGGAAAACUUUUUGAUAGUUCUUCCAAAUUUAUAAUUCAUCAAACUGUUCACACAGGAGAGAAACCUCAUUCAUGUCCAGAAUGUGGGAAAUGUUUUUCCAGUAAAUAUUAUGUUGAAAAGAACCCGCCCCCUAAAGCACAGGAAAUGACGCACAUUGAACGUAAAGUAGGAAGUGGUUUGGAACGCAACAACCAGGAACAGCAAUGGGAAGUGACUGAAUGGAGAGAGCAGCGGUGGGAAGUGUCUGAAUGGAGAGAGCAGCUGUGGGAAGUGACUGAAUGGAGAGAGCAGCGGUGGGAAGUGACUGAAUGGAGAGAGCAGCGGUGGGAAGUGACUGAAUGGAGAGAGCAGCGGUGGGAAGUGUCUGAAUGGAGAGAGCAGCUGUGGGAAGUGUCUGAAUGGAGAGAGCAGCUGUGGGAAGUGACUGAAUGGAGAGAGCAGCGGUGGGAAGUGACUGAAUGGAGAGAGCAGCGGUGGGAAGUGACUGAAUGGAGAGAGCAGCAGUGGGAAGUGACUGAAUGGAGAGAGCAGCGGUGGGAAGUGUCUGAAUGGAGAGAGCAGCGGUGGGAAGUGACUGAAUGGAGAGAGCAGCUGUGGGAAGUGACUGAAUGGAGAGAGCAGCGGUGGGAAGUGACUGAAUGGAGAGAGCAGCGGUGGGAAGUGACUGAAUGGAGAGAGCAGCGGUGGGAAGUGUCUGAAUGGAGAGAGCAGCUGUGGGAAGUGUCUGAAUGGAGAGAGCAGCUGUGGGAAGUGACUGAAUGGAGAGAGCAGCGGUGGGAAGUGUCUGAAUGGAGAAAGCAGCUGUGGGAAGUGACUGAAUGGAGAGAGCAGCUGUGGGAAGUGACUGAAUGGAGAGAGCAGCGGUGGGAAGUGACUGAAUGGAGAGAGCAGCUGUGGGAAGUGUCUGAAUGGAGAGAGCAGCAGUGGGAAGUGACUGAAUGGAGAGAGCAGCAGUGGGAAGUGACUGAAUGGAGAGAGCAGCAGUGGGAAGUGUCUGAAUGGAGAGAGCAGCAGUGGGAAGUGACUGAAUGGAGAGAGCAGCAGUGGGAAGUGUCUGAAUGGAGAGAGCAGCAGUGGGAAGUGUCUGAAUGGAGAGAGCAGCGGUGGGAAGUGACUGAAUGGAGAGAGCAGCGGUGGGAAGUGACUGAAUGGAGAGAGCAGCUGUGGGAAGUGACUGAAUGGAGAGAGCAGCUGUGGAAAGUGUCUGAAUGGAGAGAGCAGCAGUGGGAAGUGACUGAAUGGAGAGAGCAGCAGUGGGAAGUGACUGAAUGGAGAGAGCAGCAGUGGGAAGUGUCUGAAUGGAGAGAGCAGCAGUGGGAAGUGACUGAAUGGAGAGAGCAGCAGUGGGAAGCGUCUGAAUGGAGAGAGCAGCGGUGGGAAGCGUCUGAAUGGAGAGAGCAGCAGUGGGAAGCGUCUGAAUGGAGAGAGCAGCGGUGGGAAGCGUCUGAAUGGAGAGAGCAGCUGUGGGAAGUGUCUGAAUGGAGAGAGCAGCUGUGGGAAGUGUCUGAAUGGAGAGAGCAGCUGUGGGAAGUGUCUGAAUGGAGAGAGCAGCUGUGGGAAGUGUCUGAAUGGAGAGAGCAGCAGUGGGAAGUGACUGAAUUGACAGAGCAGCAAGAUGCCGAGCAAGGAUCACAGCAACGGGAAGGGGGGAAAACACCUGUCCACCAUCAAACUGCCUCACUGACUAUGGGUAAAGACAGUAAGCGGGUGACAGAGAGAAUAUUAAAUCUCACUCUGGAGAUCAUCUAUCUGCUGACUGGAGAGGACUAUACUGUGGUAAAAAAGUCUAGUGACCAUGUCACACACAGCAGCCAUCCUCCUGCCUUUGUACCAGAAGAACUGAAGAAGAACCAGAGUUUGCAUUCACAGAUAGGUGAAGGGAACCCUACCAAGAAGAUCCUGGAACUGACCAGCAAGAUCCUAAACUCACCGACUGAGGAGGUUCCUAUAAGAUGUGAGGAUGUCACGGUCUAUUUCUCCAUGGAAGAGUGGGAGUAUAUAGAAGGACACAGGGAUCUCUACAAGGAUGUGAUAAUGGAGAACCACCAGCCCCUCUGCUCUCUGGGUGACCCAGAGUCCAAAAACACAACAGAAAAUGUGAAACCCAACAUGGCUUCACCAAGCAGUGAAAAUGAAGACAAAACUAUAACCAGAAAUAAUAAAGAAAUAACAUUUCUAGAAAUGGGUAAGAGAAGAAAAAGGCAGAAAAAAUGUGUGAAAAAUUCAAAUGAGGAAUCAAGCUCAUGUGAAGAAAAUCUCACCAACACCACUUGUAAUAAAUCACUGGAACAUAAACCAGCAGUAUAUCAUACCCAGAGGAGAGAAGACACUAAUGCACCCCAAGUACAUACAGAGACCACGUAUAUAUCCCCUCGUGCUAGGGACCAGCUGUCCUCAGAAGUGAAGCAAAAUGACCGUUACAUGCCCACGGAAUUGAGACAGAAAACACAAGUGUCAAGGUGUGCUAAAGAGGAAUCGACUUGCGAUGAACAAAUGGUCAUUGACAUUGACACGUACGCACCCACACCACGGACAACUUAUGUAUCUAGUCAUCUUGGGGAGGAAUCCGCUUCAUGUCAUGAACAAAAUGUCAUUAACAUUGACACAUGCGUGUCUUCAGCACAUUCUCCAAGAUCACAUGUGUCGGGUCAUGCUAGAGAGAAAUCCACCUCACUUGCUGAAGAAAAUGUCAUUGACAUAGACAGUUAUGUACCUGCUGAGCGCACACAGAAAAAUUAUGUAACUGCUUUUAUUAAAGAAGAAUCUAACUCGUGUGAAGAACUGAUUUUUGGUCGUACUAAUUGCUGUACACCACCAGAUCAUCGUCAUCGAAACGUAAAACACACCUAUGGUCAUCCUAAGAAUGAGCCAGCCUCGUGUGAAGAAGGAAAUCUUUCAGAUGCUGAAAUUUAUAGAGUGCGAGAACAUGUUCAGGAAGAAUAUACAUCUGUUUAUAUAAAGGAGGAAUCUGCUUCAUGUGAUGAAGGAGACCUUACGGACACUGACAUUUACACCUUCCCUGAACAACGAGGAUAUACACCUACUCAUAGCAUUGGAAACCACAAAGUCAAACGAAAUCGACCAAAACAAAAUAACUCCUUUUUAUUAAAGUACAAAGAAUUUGAUGGCCAAUUCAAUAAGUCACCAUCCACGUCUUAUGACUUAAUGCACUCCACAGAUAUGAUAUACGAGUGCCCUAUGUGCCAGGAAUGUUUUACUAACUAUUCUGAUUUUGUAAAACAUCAGACUGUGCACAAAGUAAGGAAACUGCCAGAAAUAGACUACGGAAAUUACAUGUGCUAUGAGUCCGACUUUGUGAGAGAUCAAAGUAUUAAUAGUGAAGACAAGACAUUUAUUUGCACUGAUUGCGGGAAGUAUUUUCGCUCAAAGUCUGACCUGCAUAAACACCAGAGAAUUCAUACAGGGGAAAAGCCAUAUGUAUGUUCUUACUGCGGGAAGUGUUUCACCAAGAAUUCCCACCUAGUUAGACACCAGAGGAUCCACACAGGAGAGAAACCCUUUGCGUGUUCUGACUGUGGGAAAGGGUUUACCAAUAAAUCAAAUCUUAUUACGCAUCAGAGAAUUCACACUGGAGAGAAACCCUACUCGUGCGUUGUGUGCGGUAAAUGCUUUGGAGGAAAAAGCGAUCUGAAUCGACACAUUAAAAUUCACUCUGGUGAGAAACCAUUCAUAUGUUUUGAAUGUGGCAAUUCUUUUGGACGUAAAACACAACUGAACAGUCACCUGAAAACACACAUCCGGGAGAAAGCAAUCACUUUAACAAAAUGUAAGAGAAGUGAGCAAAUGAGCAGCAUUGGAUUGGACAAAAUGCCGAGGAGGUCAGACUACCUCCGUGACAUUAAAGCGAACAUGGGCAAUGAAAGGAAUCUGAUGGCUGACAAGAUAAUAAAUCUAACUUUGGAGAUCAUCUAUCUUCUAACUGGAGAGGAAUAUAUUGUUGUGAAGAACUUAAGUAACCAUGUUGCAUGCAAGAGGCCCCACGACUCAGAAGGGUUUUGUAGGUCCCUGAGCCGAAACACAGACCAGAAGAUCCUGGAAUUGACCAAUAAAAUCAUCGAGCUGCUGACUGGAGAGAUUCCCAUAAGAUGUGACGGUAUUACUGUGAGUUCCUCCAUGGAAAACUGGGAAAAUUUAGGAAGACACCAGGAUCUUGACAAGAAUGCAGUAAUGGAAAAAGUGCGACCAUUAAGAACAAUGGAUAACUCUGAGGCAAAAAGUACAUUAGAAGAUUUUCACAUCAGUUGUAUUUCAUUAGAUUACACAAACAAAGAGAAGCCAAGGAAAACUAUUCAAACUUUGACUGAUGAACCAGCCUCAUGUGAAGAUGUCACAGAAUUGUCUGAACCCACAGAACAUCCACAUACAGAAUAUCCAUCUACUUGUAUUAAGGAGGAACCAACCUCCAGUAAAGAAGGAAAUCUUCCAGACAUUUGUACACCCACGGAUUAUCCAUCCACUCAUAUUAAGGAGGACACAGCCUCAUGUGAAGAAGAAAUUCUCACAGACUUUUAUACAUCGGCAGAACAUCCACAGACAGAAUAUCCAUCUACUUAUAUUAAGGAGGAACCAGUCACGUCUGAAGAAGGAAAUCUUACAGACAUUUAUAGACCCACCGAAUAUCCAUCUACUCGUAUUAAAAAGGAACCAGCCUCAUGUGAAGAAGAAAAUCUUACAGAUAUUUAUACACCAUCAGAACAUUUCCAGAGAUGUUACACAUCAUUUCUUAUUAAAGAAGAAUGCACUUCAUGCGAGGAAGGCACAGUUACAAAUAUUGAAACUUGUGGAACUACAGUGCGUGUAGAGACUGAAUAUGCAUCUAUAUGUAAUGAUGAAGAAUCAACAUCUCAGGUGACUGACCAUAUAGACACAAUGUAUAACUGUGCCAAGUGUCUAGAGACUUUCACAAGUAGAGUUGGGUUUAUCGAACAUCAAAAAGUUCACAAAAUGGCCAUCUUGUCAUGUUCUGAAUGUGGGGAACAGUUCUGUAAUGAGUCAGAACUAACUUCUCAUCAACAGAUUCACAUAGGAGAUUCCUCGUUUAUAUGUUCUUACUGUGGAAAAUAUUUUACUAAGAAUUCGCACCUUUCUGCUCAUCAAAGAAUUCAUACAGGUGAAAAGUUAUUUGUCUGUUCCUAUUGUGGGAAGUUUUUUACGAAAAAUUCCCAUCUGGUUCGACAUUGUAGAAUUCACACAGGAGAGAAACCAUUUUCAUGUUCUCAAUGUGGCAAAUGCUUCAAUAGAAAAACUAAUCUUGUUACACAUGAGAGAAUUCACACGGGAGAAAAGAGAUUUGUGUGCUCGGAGUGCGGCAAACGGUUUUAUUAUAAUGCAGACCUUAGUCGUCAUCAGAGAACUCACACUGGCGAUAAACCAUUUGAAUGUUCACAAUGUGGGAAAUGUUUUACAAAAAAACUCCAUCUUGCCUCCCAUCAGAGAAAUCACUCUGGAGAGAAGCAGUAUGAUUGCUCUAAUUGUGGAAGAUCCUUCUCGAAUAAUUCACAUCUUCUCCAGCACCAAAGAAUGCACACAGGAGAAAAGCCUUUUCCGUGUUCUGAAUGCGGAAAAUCAUUCAUUAACAAAGCAAACCUUGCAGCCCAUCAAAAAAUCCACAGCAGCAGCAGGUCUGUUAUUUGCUCGGAAUGUGGUAAAUGUUUUCGUUGUAAUGCAGAUCUUCACAAACACCAGAGGAUCCACUCAGGAGACAAGCCCUUUGUUUGUGCUUUCUGUGGAAAAUGUUUUACCAAAAAAUCGCAUCUUGUUACCCAUCAGCGUAUUCACACUGGGGAAAAGCCAUUUUCGUGUUCAGAAUGCGGAAAAGGUUUUACGAGCAAAGCAAAUCUUAUCACGCAUCAGAGAAUUCACACUGGAGAGAAGCCAUUCUCCUGCUCAGAAUGUGGUAAAAGUUUUGGAGGAAAGAGUGAUUUAAAUCGACACAAGCGAAUUCACACUGGGGAGAAGCCCUUCACAUGCUCUGAGUGCGGGAAAUGUUUUGGACACAAAAGCAAUCUGAAUAAUCAUGUUCGCAUUCACAUAGUAGAGAGGACAUUGGCAUUACAGAAAAUGGUGUAAAGAUUUAGACAUUUCUAAACCCCUGGAUAAGAUCAUAUUCCUUUAUGUAAUAGAACUUACUCAGUUAUGUUAACUUUAUUUUAUAUUGCUUUCUUCUUUUAAUAAAUAUUAUGUAACUAAUUCUACUAGUCCAGCAUCACGUUUAAACAGUAUGUGCACAAGUCGUAGUGUACCUGAUUAUCAAAAAGGAGACUUGUUCAACUAAAGAGUGGUUUUAGCAAUGUUUCCAACCACA